AUGGUUUCCACAGAAGUGCUAUGUGUACUGACGGGUUUCCCACCUUGGGACUACCUGGUCAGAGAAAGGGCCCGACUGUUUGAUAGAUACAGCAAAGAGAUAAUAGGCCCGGAGGAACAAAAUAGGAAAGAAAUAAUCAAAAACAUCAAAACAGAAGAACAUGAGAGGACAAUGAGAGAAUGGCAGGAAGAAUGGGAAGUAUGCACAAAAGGAAGGUGGGUGUACGACAUAAUACCAAAUGUUCGAGAAUGGAAAGCGGGAGAUACCCCACCGCUAGAUUUCCACACAACUCAGGCUCUGACAGGACAUGGUUGUUUUAGUACCUUCUUAAAAAAGAUUGGGAAAGAAGAAGAUGCAAAGUGCUGGUUCUGCGAUGAAGAAAACGACGAUACGGCACAUACGCUAUUCGAUUGUACGAAAUGA